UUUUGAAUGUGUAUGUGUGUGUGCGGUUUUUUGGUUUUUUCAGUGGGUUUUUUAUUGGUUUUUAGAAUAGUGGUUUUUAGCAGUGUUUGAGAUGGUAACUGGAUAAUGGUAACUUGAUUUAAGCUUCAGAAUGUUACGACGAAACAUUCUAAAAUUGAAGCAUGUAGAAAAAUUGGACGUGUUUCCAAAAAUAGAUGAAGAAUAUAAGCAGACUACUGCAUCAGGAGGAACAGUGUCAAUUGUGAGCUUCAUUAUCAUCAUCGUUCUUGUGGUUACUGAAAUUCGAUAUUAUAGUUCUAGCCAAUUAAAAUUUGAGUACAGUGUUGAUCAUGAUAUAGAUAGUAAACUGAGGAUCAAUGUGGAUAUUACUGUUGCAAUGCCAUGUUCAAUUAUUGGAGCUGAUAUACUUGAUGUGACUAAUCAAAAUACUCAAACAUUUGGAGAGCUGGAAGAAGAGCCCGCCCAUUUUGAACUCUCUGAACCACAAAGGAUUCAAUGGGAUACGAUGCAAAAAAUAAACCUGUAUAUUAGAGAGGAGUAUCAUGCAAUUCAAGAACUAAUUUGGAAAGAUGGUUAUACAAAUAUUUUAAGAGGAUUUCCCACAGGUCAUAAUAUUCAUAAUAAAGAUCCAGAUGCUUGUCGUCUUCGUGGUUCCUUAGUUGUGAAUAAAGUUUCUGGGAACUUUCAUAUAACUGCUGGAAAACACAUUCCUCAUCCUGCUGGUCAUGCACAUAUUUCAGCAUUCCUAAAAGAUUCAGAUUACAACUUCUCACACAGAAUUGAAAGGUUUUCUUUUGGUGAACCGUCAUCUGCAAUAUUUGAUCCUUUAGAAGGAGAUGAAAAGAUAGCUACUUCUAAUUUCCAUAUGUUCCAAUACUAUCUGAAAGUAGUACCUACUGAAGUCAUACACUACGGGAGAAAACAAGAUGCAUUUCAAUACUCCGUCACAGAGCAGGCUCGUCCAAUUGACCACCAGACUGGGAGUCAUGGUGUGCCUGGUAUAUACUUUAAAUAUGAUAUGUCAUUCAUAAAAGUUAAAGUUACUGUCGAUAGGCAUUCUUCAUGGAGAUUUCUGGUCCGUCUUUGUGGAAUCAUUGGUGGUGUGUUUGCAACAUCAGGUAUAUUUAAUGGUCUCAUCAAGUUUAUCGUUGAUCAGGUUACUUGUCGACAGAGAAACCAACCCAGCAACAAACAGACUGCCCUAAUUGGAAAUUUACCAACAGUACAAAUUAUUAAUCGUGAAAAAUCUGAAACACUGCAUAUUUAAGGUCACAUUGACUUUUUCAUGAAAAAUUAUUUGUAAUAUAAUGUACAGAAAAGAAAUAAAUUAUUUUUGAGUAAU